UCGGGUGGAGAAGAGAAAUGGGGACACAGAGGUAUGUAUGUGCAAGAGAGAAGACAUGCCCAGUUUUGAAAGCCAAUGGCUUUCCUGGUGAAGAGGUUGAAGGAGCUGACCGUGCAACUAAAGAUAUUGACAAGGGCAGGGAGGGAGGCCUAGAAUGCUGGAUGAACUGUGGAUUGGAUCCUGCUGGACAUGGGUAGCCAUUAAGGGCUUGAAAGCUGGGGAUAUGGGGUGGUGACAUGGCAGAUACUUGUAAUUUCUAAAGCCCUGCUGGGGAGUGGAGGCUGGAGAGCCAAGGGAGAUGUUUGCAAAGGCCCAAGCUAGAGAUGACCAUGGCCUGCCUUGGGUCCAAGCAAGGGAGGUGAGAUGGACUGGAGAAGGAUUGAGGAGGCAGAUGGGACUGGAAGUAGAGGAGGGGUGAAGGCAGAUGGGAAGAGAUGAUGCCCCACCUGUGGGAGCAACCCAGGGAACGAACAGUUGGAUGGGGGAGGUGAUGGUUUUGGUCAGGACAAGCUAAGUGCCCCCUGCCUCAGCCAGAGCUGAAAGGGGGCAGUGGCUGAAGAGAGGGUGCAGUGAGCUUCCUGGGCAAGAUAGAUUCGUAGACACCAGUGCCUCCUGACUUAUGAAGCCCCAAGUAAUAGCCAGUAGUCCCCUGGGAUUACAUUGGUCACCUCUUCCCCUGCCCCAGCUGAGGCUGUUUUGAGUGUUCCUUUGGGAGAUGGAGACAUCCUUAUUGGCAUAUGGAUAGGGUGGGUGUGUACAUCAUACCUGGCAGGAACCGCACCAGAAUCAGAGGUAAUUGGCCAAAGGCAGACCCAGGGUGAGAGUCACGGGGAGGGAGGGGAAGAACAUGCCAACAUUCUGUGUUUCCAACCCCUACAUAUAUGGUCUCUUUUAUCCUCAAAGCAGCCCUCGGAGGACAGCACCCAGAGAGGGACGGGGACUUGCAAGUGGGAAGGCAGUCGGUGGUAAGCCCCGCCUGGGGCCUUGUGAGCAGCAGGAAGGAUAUGUGGCUGCUGUUGGCCCUGCUGGGGGUCCUGGUGGGGGUGCCUGGGGCUCCAGCUUUGUCCCUUGAAGCCUCUGAGGAAAUGGAGCUAGAGCCCUGCCUGGCCCCCAGCCCAGAGCAGCGAGAGCAGGAGCUGACCGUGGUCCUUGGGCAGCCUAUGCGGCUGUGCUGUGGCCGGGCUGAGCGUGGUGGCCACUGGUACAAGGAGGGCAGUCGCCUACCACCUGCUGGCCGGGUACGAGGCUGGAGGGGCCGCUUGGAGAUUGCCAGCUUCCUACCGGAGGAUGCUGGCGGCUACCUCUGCCUGGCACGAGGCUCCAUGCUUGUCCUGCGCAAUGUUACCUUGGUUGUGGAUGACUCCUUGCCCUCCAGCAAUGGUAAUGAGGACCCUAAAGCCCACGGGGGCCCCUUGAAUGGGCACAUUUACCCCCAGCAAGCACCCUACUGGACACACCCUCAGCGCAUGGAGAAGAAACUGCAUGCAGUGCCUGCCGGGAACACCGUCAAGUUCCGCUGUCCAGCUGCAGGCAACCCCACGCCCACCAUCCGCUGGCUCAAGGAUGGACAGGACUUCCAUGGGGAGCAUCGCAUUGGAGGCAUUCGGCUGCGCCACCAGCACUGGAGCCUGGUGAUGGAAAGCGUGGUGCCCUCGGACCGUGGCACAUACACUUGCCUCGUGGAGAACUCUAUGGGCAGCAUCCGCUAUAGCUAUCUGCUGGAUGUGCUGGAGCGGUCCCCGCACCGGCCCAUCCUGCAGGCGGGGCUCCCGGCCAACACCACAGCUGUGGCCGGCAGCGACGUCGAGCUGCUGUGCAAGGUGUACAGCGACGCCCAGCCCCACAUCCAGUGGCUGAAGCACAUCGUCAUCAACGGCAGCAGUUUCGGGGCCGACGGCUUCCCCUACGUGCAAGUCCUGAAGACAGCAGACAUCAAUAGCUCAGAGGUGGAGGUCCUAUACCUUCGGAACGUGUCAGCUGAGGAUGCGGGCGAGUACACCUGCCUGGCGGGCAAUUCCAUUGGCCUCUCCUACCAGUCAGCCUGGCUCACGGUGCUGCCAGAGGAGGACCUCACAUGGACAGCAGCGGCGCCGGAGGCCAGGUACACGGACAUCAUUCUGUACGUGUCAGGCUCUCUGGCGUUGGUUGUCCUGCUGCUGGCCGGGCUGCAUCGAGGGCAGGUACUCAUCAGCCGGCACCCCAGGCAGCCUGCCACCGUGCAGAAGUUGUCCCGCUUCCCUCUGGCCCGACAGUUCUCCCUGGAGUCGGGUUCUUCGGCCAAGUCAAGCUCCUCCUUGGUGCGGGGUGCCCGUCUCUCCUCCAGUGGCCCUCCCUUGCUCGCUGGCCUUGUGAGUCUAGACCUCCCUCUCGACCCACUGUGGGAGUUCCCCCGGGACAGGCUGGUGCUCGGGAAGCCGCUGGGUGAGGGCUGCUUUGGGCAGGUGGUGCGGGCAGAGGCCUUCGGCAUGGACCCCGCCCGACCUGACCAAGCCAGCACCGUGGCUGUCAAGAUGCUCAAGGACAAUGCCUCCGACAAGGACUUGGCAGACCUGGUCUCUGAGAUGGAGGUGAUGAAGCUGAUUGGCCGACAUAAGAACAUUAUCAAUCUGCUGGGUGUCUGUACUCAGGAAGGGCCCCUGUAUGUGAUCGUGGAGUGUGCCGCCAAGGGAAACCUGCGGGAGUUCCUGCGGGCCCGGCGGCCCCCAGGCCCCGACCUCAGCCCUGACGGGCCGAGGAGCAGUGAGGGGCCGCUUUCCUUCCCUGCCCUGGUUUCCUGCGCCUACCAGGUGGCCCGGGGCAUGCAGUAUCUAGAGUCGAGGAAGUGCAUCCACCGGGACCUGGCUGCCCGGAACGUACUGGUGACAGAGGACAAUGUGAUGAAGAUUGCCGACUUUGGGCUGGCCCGUGGUGUCCACCACAUUGACUACUACAAGAAAACCAGCAAUGGCCGCCUGCCUGUCAAGUGGAUGGCACCUGAGGCCUUAUUUGACCGAGUCUACACACACCAGAGUGACGUGUGGUCGUUUGGGAUCCUGCUGUGGGAGAUCUUCACCCUCGGGGGCUCCCCGUACCCCGGCAUUCCUGUGGAGGAGCUGUUCUCACUGCUGCGGGAGGGCCAUCGGAUGGACCGGCCCCCGAACUGCCCCCCAGAGCUGUACGGGCUGAUGCGGGAGUGCUGGCACGCGGCGCCCUCUCAGAGGCCUACUUUCAAGCAGCUGGUGGAGGCACUGGACAAGGUCCUGCUGGCCGUCUCCGAGGAGUACCUAGACCUCCGCCUGACCUUUGGACCCUACGCCCCUGCCGGUGGGGAUGCCAGCAGCAUCUGCUCCUCCAUCGACUCUGUCUUCUGCCACGACCCCCUGCCCCUGGGGCCCCGCGCCUUCUCCUUCCCUGCGGCGCAGACAUGAGCUGGGGCACAAGGUUGGGUGGCCAGGCGGGCCGGGGGCCUUCAGCCUCCCUGGCUUAGCUGCAGCCUGGCAGCGCUUGACUUCUGCAACCUCAGGCCCCAGCUUCAGGGUACUGUCCCAGACCUCUAGUUCUGCUUUGGGGAGGUCCGUUCUUGUUCCUGGGGUCCCUAGAUGAGGCUUCCUGCUCUGGCCUCGGAUUCCCAGGCCAGGCUGCAGCCCCAGUCUUAAGGCCCUGUCCUUGCCUUUGCAGUCAUGGCUCCAGUGUUCUGAUGGCCUGAGUGUUAGGGUUCUGCCUGGCCUCCUGGGCCUUGGCACUCAGUCCUUGAUCCAGGGGUUUGGCUGGACCUAGCUGUAGAACUGUCCUAAACCUCCUUGCUUCCUUGUACCAAGGGAGGUCUUGGGCCUCUGAACACCAUUUCCUCUGGUCUCCCCUUUGCCGCUUGUCCCAGCAUCUUGGUGGAAAGAGCAUCGGUCCCUGUGCUCCUAGCUGAGCAGCUGGAAGCCUACCGAAAACACAGAAGCAAAUGCCCUUUUAUAAAUUAUUUUUUGAAAUAAA